CUGCUCCUCUGAUCUACUCCAUCCUCAACCCAACACCAGAACCAUGAGCUGCUGUGGCUGUUCCGGAGGCUGUGGCUCCAGCUGUGGGGGCUGCUGCUCCAGCUGCUGCAAGCCUGUGUGCUGCUGCAAGCCUGUGUGCUGCUGUGUGCCUGCCUGUUCCUGCUCCAGCUGUGGGGGCUGCAAGGGAGGCUGUGGCUCCUGUGGGGGUUGCAAGUCCAGCUGUUGCCAGCCAUGCUGCUGUCAAUCCAGUUGUUGUAAACCUUGCUGUUCUUCAGGCUGUGGGUCCUCCUGCUGUCAAUCCAGUUGCUGCAAGCCCUGCUGUCAGUCAAGCUGCUGUGAACCCUGCUGUCAGUCCAGCUGCUGCAAGCCCUGCUGUUGCCAGUCCAGCUGCUGCAAGCCCUGCUGCUGUCAGUCCAGCUGCUGCAAGCCCUGCUGCUGUCAGUCCAGCUGCUGCAAGCCCUGCUGCUGUCAGUCCAGCUGCUGCAAGCCCUGCUGCUGUCAGUCCAGCUGCUGCAAGCCCUGCUGCUGUCAGUCCAGUUGUUGUAAACCUUGCUGUUCUUCAGGCUGUGGGUCCUCCUGCUGUCAAUCCAGUUGCUGCAAGCCCUGCUGUCAGUCAAGCUGCUGUGAACCCUGCUGUCAGUCCAGCUGUUGCAAGCCCUGCUGCUGUCAGUCCAGCUGCUGCAAGCCCUGCUGCUGUCAGUCCAGUUGUUGUAAACCUUGCUGUUCUUCAGGUUGUGGGUCAUCUUGCUGUCAGUCCAGCUGCUGUAAGCCCUGCUGUUGUUAAUCCAGC